AGCACUAUUAGGCGUUUGUUGUGAAAUAUACCUGAUUUACGUUUGCCAUUUUCCGGUGGCCAUGGACGAAUCCUCGCGACAGCACAUGGAGGACUGCUUCCUGCGCAGCCCCAGCGACAUCCGCACCACCAACGUGCCCGCGGUGCCGAAAUCGCAGGCGGCGGACAACAAGUCGCGGAAAACGGAGCUCCAUGUCCUUCGGCUGAACGACGAGUCGCGCCAAAUGACCAUGGACACGCUGCGCCAGAUCCACGGGCCCGACUUCCGGCUGGACGACAUCAGCAAGUACAAGGAUCGCGGACGCGGCGGCCACGGCGUGAAGCACUCCUACUGGCAGGAUCGCGGCACUUUGGUGGUCCAGAGCAUGCAGGGCGUGAGCUCCACGCGUGGCAGCGACAGCGACGGCGAUCGCCUGCGUCGCUAUGCUCUGGCCAAGCUGGAGAACUACGGCUUCCAGGCCGUCCACUGUCUGGAGGCCUAUGAUCACUGCUCCGGCGACACGGAGGCUGCUUUGCUGUUGCUCUACCGCCGCUACAUGAGGAUUCCGGAGGAGGAGCAGCUGCAUCUGGAGCCGCCAGGCGAACAGGAGCUGCUCGAUAUGCGCGCUGAGGAAAAGGAGGCCCUGGAGUCCAUCUACGACCAGGCGUAUGAGGAGCGCGAGGCGAAUCGGGUGUGGAAUCUGAAGUUCCGCAUCGACCACCUGCUGGCCCACAGUCCCUCGGAGGUGCGGAAGGCUAGGGAGGCGGUCCUGGCCGCCGCCGCUGCCGCUGCCCAGGCUGCGCUGGACAAGAAGAAGAAGGCGCCGCAGCGGUGUCGCAACUUUGACCGCGACGGCACCUGCAAAUACGGCCCCAAGUGUAGGUUCGCCCACUUGCCGCCGCAGCCAGCGGAUGAGGACAUGGUUAAGAAGGAUACCCUCGACGAGAACGACAACGAGCUGUGGUUCCAUGUGGAGGUCCGCUUUCCGCCCGGCAGUCGCUAUCCUUAUGAGGCGCCCUUUGUCUACCUGAAAACCACCUGCCACGACAUUCCGCACGAGCUGCGUCUCCGCUACGCCCGCCAUUUGUACAGGGAAGCCAGGGAGAUCUGCAGGGAUGGCAUUCCCUGUGUCUACAGCAUCUGCGACCUGUUGCAGUCGAAUGAACAGCUGGCUGGGCGCCUGGACACCUCGGCCUUCCCGUCGCCCAAGCGUUCGCUAUUCCACGAUGAGCCGGAGGGCGGUGGCGAGGAUUUAGAUGGUCAGCGUAAGGAGGCGCCGAGACCUACGCAUUACGCGCGCGGGCAGACGUCGCGGAACGAGGGAGGCCAUCAGCGGAAUGCGGAGGCGCAGGCCCGCGAGAAUCGUCGCCUGCUGCAGCAGUUCGUGGAGCGGCGCAAGGAGGAGCGCUACCAGAAGGUCAUCGAUGGUAGGAAGCAGCUGCCUGCAUUCGCCGAAAUCGAACGCAUUUUGGCGCUCAUCGAAAGCUCGCCGGUGGUGGUGAUUUCGGGUGAAACGGGCUGCGGCAAGAGUACCCAAGUGCCGCAGUUCAUCCUGGACAACUGGUUCUUUCGCUCGCUCCAACUGCCGGCGAAGGAGAACCUCCCGCACGUGGAGAUCAUCUGCACGCAACCACGACGCCUGUCGGCCAUCGGAGUGGCGGAGCGCGUGGCUGCCGAGCGACUGGAUCGCAUUGGCCAACUGGUGGGCUACCAGAUACGGCUGGAGAACAAGGUGUCACAGAGCACGCGGCUGAGUUUCUGCACCACCGGCAUCCUGCUGCGCCGCUUGGCCUCCGAUCCGCUGCUCGAGAGCGUCACCCAUGUGAUAGUGGACGAGGUGCAUGAGCGUUCCGAGGAGUCGGACUUUCUGCUGCUCAUCUUGAAGAAUUUGCUGCGGGAGCGCAAGGAUCUUAAGGUUAUCCUCAUGUCGGCCACGCUGAAUGCCACACUCUUUUCGGAAUACUUUGGCGGAGCUCCCGUCUUGGAUAUUCCCGGUCGCACCUUCCCCGUCCAGCAGCUCUUCCUCGAGGAUAUCCUCGAGAUGAGCGACUUUGUCAUGGAGUACGACACGAAGUACUGCCGCAAGCUGAAGAAGCAGGAGCAGGAUGUCCUGGAGCGCGAGCUGGAGUACGCCGAUGUCCAGGCUUCGGGCCAGGCGCCGGGCAAGAAGAUCAAGGACGAGAAACUAACGCUGGCCGAGACCUAUCAGAGAUAUGCGGACUACAGCAAGCCGACGUGCAAGAGUAUUUACCUGAUGGAGCCGAUGACCAUCAACCCGGAACUGAUUGAAUCCGUACUCAAAUACAUUGUUGAGGGCGCCCACGACUGGCCACGCGAGGGCACCAUCCUCAUCUUUCUGCCCGGCUUCGGGGAGAUCCAAACGGUGCACGAUUCCCUGCUCGAUAACGCGCUCUUCUCGCCAAGGGCUGGCAAAUUUAUCCUGGUGCCGCUGCACUCGGCCCUUUCUGGCGAGGAUCAGGCACUGGUCUUCAAGAAAGCGCCGCCAGGGAAACGAAAGAUCGUGCUAAGCACAAACAUCGCCGAGACCUCGGUGACCAUCGACGAUUGUGUCUUUGUGGUGGACUGCGGCCUGAUGAAGGAGAAGUGCUUCGACUCGAACCGCAACAUGGAGUCGCUGGACCUGGUCUGGGUCUCCCGUGCGAAUGCCAAGCAGCGCAAGGGUCGUGCGGGUCGUGUGAUGCCCGGCGUGUGCAUUCACCUGUACACCAGUCAUCGGUAUCACCAGCACAUCCUGCCCCAGCCGGUGCCGGAGAUCCAGCGUGUGCCGCUCGAGCAAAUUGUGCUGCGCAUCAAGACCCUGCAGACGUUCGCCUCGCGCAACACGCUCUCCGUUCUCCUCGAGACUUUGGAGGCGCCCACGGAGGACAGUGUUCUGGGUGCCCUGACACGUUUGCGCGAUGUGGGUGCUCUCGAUGCGGAGGAUCAGUUGACGCCGCUGGGCCAUCAUCUCGCUGCCCUGCCCGUCGACGUGCGCAUCGGCAAGCUGAUGCUGUACGGAGCGAUCUUCCAGUGCCUGGACAGCGUCCUCACCAUCGCCGCCUGCCUGAGCAACAAGUCGCCGUUCGUGAGUCCGCUGAGCAAGCGCACGGAGGCGGAUAAGUGCAAGCGGCAGUUUGCCCUGGGCAACAGCGAUCACCUCACCGUGCUGAAUGCUUACAGGAAAUGGCUGGAUGUGGCGCGUAGGGGAAACUAUGCGGCCAGCAGAAACUAUGCCAGCGAGCACUUUUUGUCGCUAAACACGCUUGAAACAAUAGCCGACCUCAAGUACCAGUACCUGGAGCUACUCGUUUCCAUUGGCUUUGUGCCCAUCAAUGUGCCGCGAAGGCGCAAGAAUGCCGCCGAUAAUAUUCUGACACUAACGGGUGUGGAGCAAAAUCACAAUGGCGACAACAACCGGCUGCUCACCUCGCUCCUCUGCGCUGCCCUCUAUCCGAAUAUCGUUAAGAUAAUGACGCCCGAGCGCGUCUACGUCCAGACGGCUGGCGGUGCUGUGCCGCGCGAGCCGAGCCACCAGGAUCUGCGUUUCAAGACGCGCGGCGAUGGCUAUGUGAAGAUCCAUCCGUCGUCCGUCAACUCGCAUGUGGCCGUCUUCCAGGCGCCCUUUCUUGUCUACCAGGAGAAGGUGCGCACCAGCGCCAUUUACAUCAGGGACUGCUCAAUGCUGCCGCUCAUCGCCAUGGUCCUCUUCGCCGGCAGCGACUUUAAGGUGGAGCUGCACGACGGCGACUUUCUCUUUCUGCUGGAAAGCGGAUGGAUCAUACUGAAGGCCCACGACCUCGAGACCGCCGAAAUGGUGCAGUGCCUGCGGGCCGAGAUGAUCAAGCUGCUGGAGGAGAAGAUUCGCGAUCCGUGCCUUAAUCUGUUGCACCACAAGAACGGCUGCCGGAUGAUCGGCAACAUUGUUCACCUGAUCAGUAAAAAUAGCUGAGAUGCUCAUAUUUCCCCGACUACCCAAAUCGUUUGUACAUUUUGUGUAAUAGCUGUUGUAGCCGAUAUUUAAAAUGCCUGUAAUAUACAUACGCCAAACGAGACCAAUAACGGGUAACCGAAUCGAUGGCUUUAAACCACGCUCCAUAGGACUUAUUUAAUGGGAAAUAGAGGAGUGGAUUCUUCAAUAAGAUUUACAUUGUUUACUGCCUCAUCAUUGAAUCAUCUUUUUUUUGUCUAGCUAAAAAGCCCACAUACUGUUUGUAAUAGAUCAAUUUUAUUUUUAUGUACCGCUAAUA